UGCAAUACCGAGAACAACAUUGCUUUGUUUUUCAAGCUGGUAUUGAGAAGCGUUGUUCUGUUGUUAUAUGGGAACCGACUUCGUCUAUUCAGAGCUCUACGAGGUCCCGGCUCUAGGCUCAAGGCUCAAGGCUCCGCGAACGCUCAUUUUCUCCUGCCUGGGGAACCUACGCGAAGGUGAACGUUGAGCUAGCGUGUUGUUUUGCUCUGCUUACGCAACUGCCCAUCUUCCUUUACAUCCUGCUUGUCAUUGUUGGUCUCUCAUAUCCAUUUCUCGUUGCGGUUUGGUGGUGGCAAUUUGUAUACGCUGACUUGUUCCUCGCUGCCUACAGUGGUGCUCGUAAGUCUCUGUUCUUUCAGAUCUGCCUUGAGUGGAUUGCAUAUUGUUCAAUUUGCAGUAUUUCAUUGUUGUGAUCUCUCAGGUGUCCUCACACAUCUUCCCUCAUUUUCUGCCAUAUACCUAUCAUUUGUGGUCUUGUUUGUGCCAAAUGCCUCAUGUGCGGAGUCUCGCAUUCAGGUGUUUGCGUCGGGCUCGGGCUUGCCAACUUGGAUGGGUUCGACCGAAUUGUCCUCUUCCGUUGGUGCUCGAAGGCCUAGUCGCCCGUGACGCGGUCUUGCAUGCAGAGUUGGAUGCUCAGGCUAAUAAGUUGUUGACAGCAUUACUCCAUCCCUCUGAUAGCUGCCCGAAAGUUGAUUCCGUUGCACUUCGCGGUUUUUCUUCUGCUAUUGAUGCUGGGGUCCAGGUUGACGAGGUCGAAUAUGCUUCUCAAAGUAUUCGAGUAUUUUCAAUUGAUGCUCGUGUCCAGGUUGACGAAGUGCACUGUCCCUUUCAGAGCAUUCGAGUGUCCUGAAUUGAUGCUGAUGUCCAAGUGCAUUCUCAAAGCAUUUGAGUGUCUUCAAUGGGUGCCGGCGUGCAAACUCAGUUCACUUGCGAGGACGCCUGUGUGCAAACUCAGUGCACUUCAAUGGAUGCUGGCGUGCAUACUCAGUUCACUUUGAAGGACGCCUGUGUGCAAACUCAGCUCACUUUCCAGGACGCCGUCAAAACAUGGAUUGACAGGAGCACUGCCCAGAAGGGGUUCACCGGCCAGAUUGCGCUGCAGUAUUUAACCCAGGGGCUUGAAUUAUUUGUAGACCUCAUGACAGAGCCAAUGACCAUCCCAAAACAUCAUGUAUCAUUUUGGUUCCAUACUUUGUUCAACCUCACGGAUCAUGUUCACUCGUUUCCGGGAGAACUUUUGGAUUGUCUCAAAUCUCACCGUUUCGUGACGGGGAAAAUGGACCGUCUCUAAUAAUUCAGUGUGUGCAUGUUCAGUUCUUGGCCAGGUCUCCUGGCUCUCUUGUCGUAGUUUUAGUUUUGCCUCUUCAGUGUUCUCACUGUUGUAGGGUUGUACGAGCCUUCAGCGGCGGAGCGCAUCUGCGAUGCUCUCCCACAGGUUGUGCGAACGUCUUUGGUCAUGCAUGUUUCUGUUUCUCUAUAAGAGCGGACUGCUUGCUUGACAAUUUUGAGGCUUCGCUUCGCCUGAGACUUCGUUGGGCCUGGCCUCAGUGGCCAAGAUGGUCCCAGCAAAGACGCAACAAAAUCUGGUUGACGGUUUACCGCCGGCUCGCAGUUGGUCGACCCGACCAAAGAGACAAAGUGGUGACUUUGGUUGCUCGAUAUUUGACAAUUCAUUUUGAGAAAGCAGAUUUUUCGCACCUGAAGUGGGUUAUGCCGCGUCUGCCAGUCGAAUUAUCAGGUCUCUAGCUCCAAUAACAACAUGAAAACGAUCGUUGUGCCA